CCUGUUAGAUGAUCUACCCAUAGAAGACAAAAAGGAGCCAAAAAUCACCAAAAAGGCCCCAGACUCCCCUAUCAUAAAGAAAAAAGAAACAGCCUCACCAGCUCCAGUUCCAUAGAAGCGGGAUGACCUUACGUUUGAUGAUGACGAGGAUGACCUAAUGGAUGCAUUGGGGUUUGGAGAGAGUCCCAAACAGAGCCCUAAGAAGACGGAGACAGUGCUUGUACCAAAGAAAGAGAGCGGUGAGCUCCCUCAGAGAGCCCGCACCAGGCUAGAUGAGAUUCUGGGGCGCGGGACGUCCCCUCGCCUUCUGGAGCGCCCUCCAACAGGGGAGAGGAAGGACCCUCCGCAGCAGCAGGAAAAGCAGCAGCAGCAGCAACAACAUCAGAAGACCCGCACUACUAAAGACCCCUUCCUAGAAGAAGACCUGACGUUUGGUUCCUAUCAGCCCACACUGGUCACUACACCUGAGGGACGUCACUCACGCAGACAGUCGGUCAGAUUCUCCACUGAGGACAUCAGUGCCUCUUCUCCUGAGAAGAAACCCAAACCCAUCACCCCCACCACUACCUUUCCCCGGCCUGCUGCAGACUGGCUGGGGCUCUCGCAGGAUGAUGAGGAGGAGGAGGAGGAAGAGAAGGAAAAGCCACCGCCUGUACCAGAACCCUUGAAGACCCCCUCCUCUUUGUCAGUGGGAAGUAAACCCUCCUCAUCUGGCAACCGCAUUCCACAGCCAUCGACAGAGACCCCAAACACCUCUUCCAAACCCCCCAAGCCAGUAGGACCCAUUGCAGAGGUCUCUGCCAGCCAAAAGGAUGAAGAUGAUUGGCUAUCAGGGGCAUUGAGCAGGAAGAAGACUCAAUCAUCCACACGGUCAGAGGAAAAGAGAACAACCCAGGAAGACUUUCUGGGGCUUGGAGAUGAGGUGGAUCUGGAGUUGUUUCUCAGCUUCCAGGAGGAAAGAUGCAUCUACCCCCAACAUGGAACCAGGGGAGCCCAGCCCUACUGCUCAUUCUACCCCAUUGAGAGAGGACCAGUCCAGGCCUGUGCCACAGCAAAGCCAGAUGCAGAACACUGCACCUGCUGUCCAACCACGGGUGUCUCUUUCAGCUGACAGUUUGCAACAACUUUUACUACAACAGCAGCAGUUGGUGCUGUCCCAGCUGCUGGGGUUAGGGGGAGCUGUGGAUGUAGUUGGGCUGCAGAGACAGAAGAGCGACUGAGAAGCAGAAUGGAGAUC